UUCUUCUCUUUAAUUCAUAUAUCCCAACCCCCUUUUUAUCUUACAGUCCCUCUAUACAUUAGUAUAUAUCAAUACAAUAAUGCCUGCCAUGAAAUCGAAACCAAGAGCAAGUGCUAUGAACGGCACCAACAACGCCAACACACAGCCUUCCGUGAAACACAGCAGCGGCAAUAUGGAUCGUGAACGUGACAAACGACGCAGAACAGAAAACAACAAUGUUGGCAAGGAAUUCCAGACUAUCAACUUUAACUCAUUGGACAUGCCGGUGUUACGAAAGUAUGCCCGCGUUCACAAAAUUAAGGUGCCUUCGAAAUGUAACAAGGAAGAGCUCGUGGCAGCAGUUUCUCGUCAUUUUGCGAACCAGACAGUCAAGGAGGUGGAUGCCAUUACGUGCUUUCUUUACACUGCACGAUACAGAGAUAGCGUACUUCGAUUGCCAUUGAAUAUCCACUGAUCGGCAGGCCGGAUCUUUCUCUCUCUCUCUCUCGCUCUCGCUCCGUUAAACUCUCAUCGCCACCAUCCCCAUUUCUCUCUAAUAUCCUUCGUACUAUCUUGCUUUUGACUUUC